AUGUGGAAAUUCAUUGGAGGUGAGAGCGAAAAGAUAACAGAUGAUUUAACUGCAGUAAAUACCUUCUUUGGAUGGACAAUUCAGGGAUGUUAUGGAGAUAAUGAUAAAAUUCACUGCGUUUUAAACACUUUACAAACACACGAAUACACAUUUGACGUAGCUAAAUUCUGGGAAAUCGAGUCGAUUGGUAUUAACGCUCCACGUGAACCUGCACAAGUGGACGUAAAAAUAUACAUAAAUGAGAUUACCAAGCGUUAUGUUGUGGCGUUGCCAUGGAAAAUUUCCAGCGAGUAUUUGCACGACAAUAAGCAAAUGGCCCGAAAACGACUUCGAGAUUUAACAGCGAGGCUUAUGAGAGAUCCACAAAAAUUAAGAGAAUAUCAUGAGGGUGUGGAGGAGUUGUGGCAUAGCGGUGUUUCUGAAAGGGCCAAUGAAUUUAAUAAUAGCAAUUCAACUGUCUAUUAUAUGCCGCAUAUGCCUGUGUACCGAGACGACAAAUCUACAUCAAAAAUGAGAAUCGUUUUCGAUGCUUCGUCAUGCCAACCAGGUAAAACGUCAUUAAAUUACCAUUUAAGCACCGGCAAAAAUUGUGUGGCCGAUUUGUUAAAAAUAUUGGUGAAGUUUCGUUUCGAUAAAAUAGCUUUGACUGCCGAUAUUGAGAAGGCAUUCUUGCAAAUUGAGAUUGCCGACAGCGAUAGAGACGUUCUAAGAUUUUUGUGGUACAAAACCUUGCCGACCAUGAAUGAAGAGCUUCCGGAGCUAGCAGAAUAUCGCAUGCAGAGGGUCACGUUUGGUGUCACGUCCAGUCCAUUCUUGUUAGCUACUACUAUUCAAAAGCAUUUGCAGGUAAACGAAGCCAAAUAUGAAGGAGUCAGUAAGCAUCUCGAAAAGUCGUUUUACGUGGACGACAUGGUCAGCAGCAUCGCAAACGAAGCGAAGGCAAUCCAAUUCUUCAAAGGAGCAACUGAUAUUAUGAGCGGGGCAAAAUUUAAUUUGCGUAAGUGGAACUCGAACAGCUUAUCGUUAAAAUCAUUACUUGUAGAAAAUAAACAAGAGCCACCGUUGGUUCAGAAAGUGUUAGGAAUUGUUUGGAACACCAUGUCGGACGAGAUAUCUAUUGAAUUCGAUAAUACCCUUAACUACAUUCAGAAAUUAAAACCGACGAAGAGAAAUGUGUUAAAAACAAUGGCAAGAAUUUAUGAUCCCUUUGGCAUGUUGGCACCAUCCACUGUACGUAUAAAAUUGUUGCUGCAAGAAUUGUGGAAGGAAAAGGUUGAGUGGGACGUGGUCAUGCCUGAUGAGAAAACUAAAGUGUUUGAAAAUUGGCGAAGAGAGUUACCAAUUUUAAGAGCAUUCGCAUUACCACGAAGGUUGACAACAUUCGAUAACGCUACGGUCGAAUUACAUAUCUUCGCAGACGCAAGCCCAAAGGCUUAG